GCGUUAAGAACAAACAAAUCUCGAGUAUAGCUGAAAGCACCAAGAGUGGAUAAAAGAAAAGCCCUUUUUUUUUGAAAAUCUAUUCGUCGGCACGCGACUAAUUCGAAACUCUCGACUAUUAACACUUUUUUUUCGGUGUUUUCCCCUCUUUGCAGUUUGCCAAGAAAAGUGUGUGUAAAAACGGUUUUUUUGUGUUUCUUAAAAACAAAAUAAAUUGCGCGCGCGCCUUUGAGGAAGGAAAAUAAGAAACAACAGCAGCUCUAAAGAAAAACAGCAUCGGGAAACAGCUAAAAAGGACGGAAGGAAAACCCCAAAAAAGGAAAAGGAAAUUCCCAAACACCGAAACUUUCAUUGCAGCAUUUUCUGUAGCACAUUUGUUGCUCUUUUUUUCUGUUGUUGCACGGAAUAAUCUUUUUGUGCCUGCCCCGCCCGAAGGGUGGUGGAGGAGGAGGAGCUGUGCAGGCUGCCGCAUUAGCGGCGGCGGCAGCGGUGCCGCAUGGACCAUGCCGUGAAGGCAACGCGCGGCCGCCCGCUCAAUACGCUCCGCUUCGAGAACGAUGAGCUCGAGUGCCUCUAUCAGCGGUACACGCUCAAGCUCCAGCGCUUCUCGGUGCUCGGUGUCGUUGCACUCGUUGUGGUGCUAUGCGGAGUGAUGGCGGCCCUCUCGCUGGCCUUCAACAAUGCGGCCACCUUUCAUAACAUCUUCAAUUCGAUCGUUUGCUUGCUGUUCGCCGUGGUGCUGAUCCUGUUGCAAUGUUCGGUGAUCAAGGAUCACCAUUUGCCGACACUGUGCUACGGGAUUCUACUGUUUACGGCCAGCAUUUGUGUGGUGUCGAUGCCGACGCUGGGCAGCGUCUUUCCGGUGGACACCAAGGAGGUGAUGGCCGAGGGUGUCUGGCAGAUCGUAUUCGUUGUAUUUCUGGCAUACGCCAUGAUGCCGCUGCAGAUCUGGGAGGCGGUGGCCUUCGGCAUCGCCCUGCCCUCAGUGCACAUAAGCCUCACCGUCUACAAGAUCUUCACCGAUGCCCUGCGAUACCUGGAGUACAACCAGCUGAUUGCGAAUAUUGUUAUCUUCAUUGGCGUGAAUGUGGCAGGGCUGGUGGUCAACAUUAUGAUGGAGCGGGCCCAGCGAAGGACCUUCCUCGACACGCGCAACUGUAUCGCCUCUCGUCUGGAGAUCCAGGACGAGAACGAGAAGCUCGAGCGGUUGCUGCUCUCUGUCCUGCCUCAGCAUGUGGCCAUGCAGAUGAAGAACGACAUCCUAUCGCCGGUGGCCGGGCAGUUCCAUCGCAUCUACAUCCAGAAGCAUGAGAAUGUCAGCAUUCUCUUUGCGGACAUUGUGGGCUUCACGGUCCUCUCGUCUCAGUGCAGUGCUCAGGAGUUGGUGCGAUUGCUCAACGAGCUCUUUGGGCGAUUCGAUCAGUUGGCACAUGAUAAUCAUUGCCUGCGCAUUAAGAUCUUGGGCGAUUGUUAUUAUUGUGUUUCGGGUUUGCCAGAGCCCCGCAAGGAUCAUGCAAAAUGUGCAGUGGAAAUGGGACUCGAUAUGAUCGAUGCCAUUGCCACUGUCGUUGAAGCCACCGAUGUCAUACUCAAUAUGCGCGUGGGCAUCCACACUGGCCGCGUGCUGUGCGGCGUCUUGGGCCUCCGGAAGUGGCAGUUCGAUGUGUGGUCCAACGAUGUGACCCUGGCGAAUCAUAUGGAAUCGGGCGGUGAACCGGGUCGAGUGCAUGUCACUCGCGCCACCCUCGAUUCGCUGUCGGGCGAGUACGAAGUGGAGGCAGGACACGGCGACGAGCGAUCCUCGUAUCUGCGCGAUCAUGGAGUGGAUACGUUCUUUAUAGUGCCACCACCGCACCGUCGCAAGCCCCUAAUGCUCAACACUCUGGGCGUACGCUCGGCGAUCGGUAGCAGGCGGAAGCUGUCAUUCCGGAAUGUCUCCAAUGUGGUCAUGCAACUGUUGCACACGAUCAAGUUCUCGGAGCCAGUGCCGUUCUCGAAUAUUGCCACCGGUUCAUUUCCUUCGGCGGCCAAUGCAUUGGUGGGCGGUGCCGGUGUGGGUCUGGGCGUUGGUCUGAGCGUGGCACGUGGCAGCACCUGUGAGGCAAGCGGCGGCGGCGUCGGCGGCGUCGGCGGCGGAGGCGUCGGCAGUGUACAGGCCGUAUCGGAGAAGGGUUCACGCAAGGUAAUACGUCUGCAGAAAAUCUUGCAUGCCACCCCGCCACCGCACGCUCAUGGCAUGCCACCCAUGGGCUAUGGUAGCGUCGUCGGCAGUGGUGGCGGUGGUGGUGCUGGUGGUGGUGUCGGUAUUGACGGUGGCAGUGUGGGCUGUGGCAUUGGCAGUGGCUGCGGUGGGGGUGGCAGUGUCCAAGUGACCGUAGGCACAGAUCCCAACUCAACAGCGAGUACGAUUAGUCGCAUUCAUAGGCACAAUCACAAGAACAAUAAAUCACAGUCCAAGGUGGCCGACAAAUUCAAGAGACCCUUCCGCAAACGGCAUUCGGUGGCAGCGCAUCAUCAGCCCACGAAUCGUGUGAAUCGCUUCCUCUCGCAGGCGAUCAACGCCAGAUCCGUGGACUGCGACAAGUCGGAGCAUGUGGAUCGAUUGACGCUGCGCUUCCGACAGAGCGACAUGGAGCGAGAGUAUCACAAGGAUUUCGAUUUGGGGUUUACCACCGCCAUGGGAUGCUCCUUGCUGUUGCUCAUACUCGGAGCGGCGCUCCAAGUGACGGCAUUGCCACGGACUCUCAUACUGCUGCUGCUCUUCCUCACGGCCUUCAUUUGGGUGAGUGCCAUACUGAUGCUCCUGCUGGCAGUGCGUCUCAAGUGGAUCAUUUGGGAUAUUUCGGAGAGCUUCAGCCUGCGCAUGGCCAUCACCAUAUUUACAAUCAUUUUGAUUUAUUCUGUGGGACAAGUGAAUGUGUUCACUUGCGUCACGGAUCAUCCCUGCUCGGGAAAUGCCACGGCCACUGCCUGGUCAUCGAACCGACAAUUGGAUCCGCACUUUUUCUCGUACCCAAGCGAUGCCCAUCGCAAGUGCUCGCUGCCACAGUACGUGUCAUUGUCGGCGGCAUUUGCCUUCCUCUCAGUAUCGGUGUUUCUCAGAUUGCCCAUCAUAUUCAAGUCGCUGCUGGUUCUGGGUAUGGGCACCAUUUAUGGUUUGUUCAUUGAACUGUCGCAUCAGAACAUCUUCGAGUGCUACGACCAUCGGGUGAAUGCCUCGAUUCCGCUUCAUUUGAUCUCAUUGGCGCGCAUUGUCAUCUUUAUGAUUGCCAUUUUGGUGCAUGGCCGCCUGGUGGAGGGCACCGCCCGUCUGGAUUUUCUCUGGCAACUUCAGGCCUCCCAGGAGAAGAAGGAAAUGGAUGUGCUGCAGGAGUCGAAUAAGCGCAUUCUGCACAAUUUGCUGCCCGCUCAUGUGGCUGCACAUUUUCUCGAUGCGCAAUUCCGCAACAAUAUGGAGCUCUACCACCAGAGCUAUGCCAAGGUGGGCGUCAUCUUUGCCAGCGUACCGAACUUUAAUGAAUUCUACACCGAAAUGGAUGGCUCCGAUCAGGGUCUGGAGUGCCUGCGUUUGCUAAACGAAAUCAUUGCCGACUUUGAUGAGCUGCUCAAGGAGGAUCGCUUCAGGGGCAUCGAUAAGAUCAAGACCGUAGGCAGCACCUACAUGGCCGUGGUGGGUCUUAUACCCGAGUACAAGAUCCAGCCCAACGACCCCAAUUCGGUGCGUCGCCACAUGACCGCUUUGACGGAGUAUGUGAAGGCCAUGCGGCUGUCGCUACAGGAGAUCAACAGUCAUUCGUACAAUAAUUUUAUGCUUCGAGUCGGCAUCAACAUUGGACCCGUGGUGGCGGGCGUUAUUGGUGCCCGAAAGCCGCAGUACGACAUCUGGGGCAAUACGGUGAAUGUGGCCAGCCGCAUGGACUCCACAGGCGUCCCUGGCUACUCCCAGGUCACCCAGGAGGUGGUCGACAGUCUGGUGGGAUCGCACUUCGAGUUUCGAUGUCGGGGCACCAUCAAAGUGAAGGGCAAGGGUGACAUGGUCACGUAUUUCCUGUGCGACAACAGCAGCAAAUCUCUGAACGGAGAGGUACGGAAUGCCAUGUCCUUGCCGCAGAGCAUGCACGGCCCCGACUACUACAUGAAGGCCUCCCAAUUCCCGGAGAAUCGCGUCAAUUCGGACACCUACAGCAAGAAGGAGAACGGACAUCUGUACACUGCGGUGGGCGGCGGCGAGGAGCAGCAGCUGCUGUUGCAGCAUCAGCACAAGCAGCUGGAUCCCCUGCCGUUGGCAAUGCCACAGUUGGCCCUGACCGCUCCACCACAGCCACCGGCCGUGCACCACCACCACCUGCACCAGCAGCAGCAGCAGCGUCUCAACAGCAAGCUGCAAAAGCAGCCCAAUUUCAUGGCCAAUGGGGGACUGCCAAAUAUACGCGAGAACGGCCACAAUGGGGACCAUCACUAUAUGGUGGGGGCAUCAACGACGACGACGACAACGACACCGUCGUCUGCUGCUGUCCCUCUACCCCUGGACCAGAACCAGCACCAGAUCCUACUCCACCACCAGCUCCAGCACCAGCACCAGCUCCAGCUCCAGCACCAGCCCAUUCCUUCGGUAAUGUUGCGCGAAUUUAAUAUCAUUGAAAAUCCGAAUCCCGGUGGCAGGCAUCCGCAUCCCCAGCAGCAUCAGCAGCUGGAGCAGCUACCGCCACAGCUGCUUGCCCAGCGGCCACAGCAUCAUGGCAGCCUUAGCAUGGACGCGGCCGGAGUGCUCGGUGGCGGUGGCGGUGGUGUCGGCAGCGGUGGCGGCGACUGCUUCAUGAUGCCGCGGCGUGAUCGCGAUCGCGAACGCGAACGAGAUUGUGAUCAGCUUCAGCUGCGCACAUACGCGCCGCCGCCCAGCAUGGCGUUGCCCUUUAACCAGCAUGGCCAUCAUCCAAUGCAUCAUCUAAACCAUUCGAAUCCGCAUCAGAAUCAGAAUCAGCAUCAGCCAUCGUCAGCCACCAGCCUGGGGUAUGGCCACUGCCGUGAGAGCGAGCCGCUAUUGCAUGCCAGCAGCAUCGCACCGGUAGCCAAGAUCAUGCCCAUGCAGCAUGCGCCAAAGUACGAGCCACCACGUUACACUUCUCCCAACACCGUGUUGUCACAGCAUUCGCAACAGCAGCAGCAGCAGCAGCAGUCGCUUCCUGCCCCACAGCAGCUGCUGUACGGACACCAAGUGAUGCAACAGCAGCAGCAAUAUGCCAUGUACUCGCAACAGGUGCCCGUGGUCGUGCCGGUGCCGGUGCCGGUGCCACUGCCACCGAAGCCCACGCUGCGGACGUACAUGAAGCCGCUGCCCAAGCUUCCCGCAGAGUUGGACGAGAGCCGUGACAUGUCCUCAACGGAUGACCUAAGCUCUCGGCCGCACUCCCCAUCGAUGAGCAGCUCCGAUGAGAGCUACUCGAAGACAACGGAGGGCGAGGGCGAUGAGGACUCGCCCAGGAUCAAUGGCAGUCACCACCAUCACCAGCUCAAUCGGAAUGGCCAUCCCGUGGGCUUCCAUCUGCCUGGCAUAGGUGGAGGAGGAGGAGGAGGAGCAGCAGGAGGAGGACUCGUGAAUCCCCUGCAGUGGCUGUACCCGUGCGACAUUCAAGUGGAUCCCACCUCGCCAGUCGUGGACAUGACCCAGCUGCAGGACUUUGAGCUUAGCUCCACCACCGAGAGCCAGGGCCAGCACACGACCAGCAAUGCGACGAGCAACAAUACCCAGAACAAGGGCGACAGUUGCAACAGUUUCGACUACCAAAAGGCAGGAGGAUCUGCCCAGGGGGGGCAGCAGCAGCCUGUUGCUGCCACCACCAAAUCCCCCUUCGAAAGAGAGCUGCAGCGAUUGCUCAAUGAAUCCUCGAGGGCGCGCUGCCUGGCAGCAGCCAACGCCAGUGCCACAGAGAAUGGCAAGCAGAUGAGCUAUUCCGUCAGCAACAGCAAGCUGGCGGGAGCGCAGGGAGGAGCGGGAACGGGAACAGGAGGAGCCACAGCCGGCAAUGGUGGCAGCGGCGGCAGUGGCAGCAGCAAUGGAAACCUCAGCGGUGGCAGCAACUCGAAUGCCAGCGGCAACAACAAUCAUCAGAACGGCCGCGAGCGGGAGCGGGAGCGAGAGCAGCAGGAGCACGACCUGAUGGGCCGUCUACCCGCAAGCAGCAGUUUCAUGAUUGCCAAGCACCCUGUGGGCCUGGAGGCCAUCAAGGAGAUAACGCGCAACAAGAAUCCCUCGGAAUCGAGUCAAAUGCAAACAUCGGACACGGAGUCCUGCGAGAUUCUGCACGAGAAUCGCAAUCAACUGCAUGCCCUGUCGCAUCCCCAUCAGAUGAUGGAGCAGCAGCAGCCGCAGUUGCAACAGUCGCAGCGGGCACAUCGCCAACGGCCACGCUCCAAGGAGCUGCAAUACAGCCACGAGAGUCUGGAUGGCCUGCAGGAGCAACAGCAACAGCAGCAGCAGCGGCACCCGCGCUACCAUCACCAUCACUCCCACCACCAUCAUCAUCAUCAUCACCAGCAACAGCAGCAACAGCAGCAGCGAUACAACCAUGUCCAGGAGCAGGAGGAGCGUGACGACACAGAGGAUAACCUGGCCGACGAGGAGUUCGAAGACGAUGAAGUGGGUCGGGAUGUGCGACAAAAGCGCCUGCUGCAGCAGGCUCCAGGAGAAAAGCAUAAGCGAACGACUGGGGAUAGCGAUGAUGAUGAUGAUGAGGAGGAGGAUCACGAGCAUGAGCAGAAGGAGCAGAACAAUGUGACACCGCUGACAAACGGCGUUUGCGGUGGCGGUGGCCUGCGCAGCGGCGGUCUGGAAUCGAAUGUGAUAAACGAUGAGCUAAAAUAUGGGGCAGCACAUCUCAACCACCAGUCGAUGGACUCCAAUCCAUUGGAGAGCCAAUCGGAAUGGUCGGACGAUGAUUGCCGUGAAGAGGCCACAGGUGGUGCCGAGUCCACUGGUUAUAUUACGGAUGAACCGGGCCUGGAAAAUAUCUCGCUGCUGAAUGAGGCCGGUCUCACCGAUGCCGAGGGCGCUCUCUCGGAUGUCAAUUCGCUGUACAAUGCCCCCGAUGUGGAUGACACCUCAGUGUCGAGUCGCGCCAGCUCUCGUCUGUUAAGCCUGGACUCGCUGAGCGGUCUGUACGAUUGUGAUCUGGACUCCAAGCAUGAGCUGGCCAUUGUCAAUGCCUCGCACAAGAUAACCAGCAAAUUUGGACCGCCACCAUCGCCGGCACAACAUCAGCAGCAGCUGCAGCACCAGCCGCAGCACCAGUCGCAGUCUCAGUCUUUGGUUACGGCCUCGUCUUUGGUUUCGGUUCAGGUUCCAACUCAGGCACAGACUCAAUCGCAAUCAGCGGAAGAGCUGAGGGAAUAAAAAAAUGUGAAGGGACAGCACUCAAAACGUUGUUAUUGCUAUAUAAUGCAAAAUGGUGUCUAUUAAAAUUUAAACAAUAAGCGACAUAAAACCCUAAACUAAAGAGAUACAUAAACCUAGUUGUAGAAAUAGAGGACACAAAACGAAAGAAAGGAAAAAAUAAAGAUAUAUAUUUAUGUACGGUAGAAGACAGCGA